GUAACUAUGGCGCGAAGCACCGGCUGUGUUGUGUUAAGCGGUAACGAUGCAGUGUGGAACUGCCGUGUGUUUGUGGUCUUUGGUCAGAAGUGGCUGGUUUAAAGAUAACAAAUAUUUAUAUACGAAGCGUUUAGACUCGUAAACAGCCAUAUUUGCCCAGCGCCGUCCUCCCACAGUAACUCGCCCCGUGUUUUAGCAGCUAAUUGUCGCCCGCUGACAGCAGGAGUUAGUGGUGGAGAUGUGAGCUGUUGUGACAGAAGGUCUUUGGAAAGCAGCAGAUGGGGUUCCAGUACAGAAGGAUGGGGAACAGCAUGGCCGAACAGACUUUUCAUGGGAUGGAAUCAAUCUCUCCAUGGAGGACACGACCUCCAUCUUGCCCCGGCUAAAGAAGCGGAACUCCAACGCCUACGGCAUUGGCGCUCUGGCUAAGUCCUCUCUGUCAGGUGUGUCAGGAGUGACACGGUCUAUGAAGGACAAGGUGACAAAGCCAACAUGCAUGGCCCAGGGUCGUGUGGCCCACAUGAUCGAGUGGCAGAACUGGGGCAUGCAGACGGUGGGAGCGGGGGGCACAAGCGCCGGCCGAACAUCCACCCUCCACCUCCAGCAAGAGCGCAAACUGGAGAACGAUGCCUACAGUGACCUCAGUGAUGGAGAAAAGGAGGCACGCUUCGCUGCAGGGGUACUGCAGCAGUUUGCAAUCUCCGAGGCCACUCUGCUCGCCUGGACCUCCAUGGAUGGAGAGAGCAUGAGUGCGGGCUCCAAUCAAGGCAGCGUCGCCCACCUGAGUGAGGCCAACCAGGAGAGCAUCACCAGCCGAGAUCAGAUACUGCACCACUCCUCUGCUGAGGUAUGGCCUCACACAUACGUCUCCCAGGGCCUCUACUGCCUCUCCUCUUCAGAUGCCUGGGAGCCAAUCAGCAACGAGCAGUCGGGUGUGGCCUCCCCCGCCACCGGUUCCUAUGUGAUGACAAGUGGGACUUCCUGCGAGGGCGGCUUUGAUGGGAACGCUGCUGCUCACUUCCUGUCCCAGCAGCAGCAGCAACAGCAACAGUACAGCCUCCAGCAACACCAGACCCUACAGCAGAUACAGCAGAUACAGCAGCUGCAGCAGAUACAGCAAUACCAACAACAGCAGAUCAUGCAGUAUCAGCAACAGCAACAGCUGUUGGAGCAGAGACUACAGAGCGCCACUCAGUCUUUACAAGCCACGCCCAACAGCACCAUCCACAGUCUACCUCCACUCACUCACCCACCAUUGGUGGACCUGUGGGGGCCCGGGCAUUUAGAGACCUAUCAGGCCGAUGUGGGUGGUUAUAUAGGUGUGGCGGCUUCAAUGGAGGGAGGUCUGGUUGCCCCCACAGAGGAUUUGGGAACAGAACACUCGCCUUUACUGGAAGCACAGGAGGAGGAUGAGGUUAAGGAGGAGGAGAUAACGUUAUGCAUGGAACCCGAACCAGUGACUUUAAUUCCUUCUCCAGCUGCACAAAGAGAGGAAGUGAUCUCAGCUGGAGGAAGCAGUCCAGGACAGGCCCCUGGGGAGCCAAACACAGAGUGGAAACCCACUGAUGUCACACCGUCUGUUAAUGAAACGCUAGAGGAAAAAGAGGUGGAGUCAGAAUCCUCAUUGGUUGGAGCCACAGCAACCAAAUGAGUGUUAAGGGACAAGAAAGAAACUGAUUUUGAUGGACAUUUAAAGCUACAUAAUCAACUAUUUGUCACUUUUCAGGAAUCAACACCUUUGUGAUGGAACUCACAUGACUCUUCAAAUGCAAAGAGGAAAAAACGGACUGAUUUUUAAUUUAAGGAAGCCUUAUACUUCUGAAGAGGAGGACAGGAUGAGGGAGAAUGAGAGAGGAUAACGAUACAAACGAAACUUAUGAUUCAGAGAGAUCAGUAAAGUACAGACAGGUACAGGUGUGGUCAGAAGUUAACAUAUAAUUUAUGGACAGGAAUAUCAUGGCAAUACAGGGCUUUCAGUGUUUUCUUUUCUUUUCUUUUAAGUGAACUGGUCAGAAUGAGCGACAACAUAAAUAUUAAACAGAAAAAGCAAAACAAAAAAAAUUGGAUGCACAAAUAAUACUUUCUGAAAUCAUUACAUGGUCAAAAUGUUGCAUACAGGGUCAAACUUAAUUACAACACUGAGUGAUUGGUUUAAUGUCCUUUAGCAAGCUACACCUUAGCCACCAACAAGCUUUUAGCAGAAUGGAUUUUGGCUUUUAGCAGAAUGGAUAUUUACCAACUCCUCUUGGCAAAAUUAAUAGUUCAAUUAAAUGAGUGAGUUUCCUGGCACAAACCUGACAGCCCACAUAUUUUCAGUAGAGCUGAGGUCAGGACUUCAAGGUCUUUCCAAGAGUCUAAUGUUAACCCUCUUUUAUCCAUUCCACAAACAUAUAAUGUGUGUUUAAAUUGGGUGCAUCAUCCACCAAGCAUGCAAUUGUGCCCCUAUUUCAUCUAACUAAAGGAUGGUUUGAGGUCAUGCUGCACUUUGUGCAGUUGACCACAUCUACCGUUAGAUGGAAACAGCUGCACUUGCAUGUUGCUACCACCACCAGGCUUAACAGUGGGUGCAGUUACAGGCCUCAUUUAUACUCCUCAAAACAUCUUAUACACUUUGUAACACUUCCAUCCAGAAGGCUUUUUCUUUGUCAGAUAAAAACUUAAGUUUAGCUUUGCUUAGUUCUAAUUUUCAUUCAGUUUCAUUCAGGGAAUUCUCUCUUGGAUGGCGCUGAAUUCCACUGGUGUCAAGUUAAAAAAAAAAAAAACAUUUUUGGAACAUUCAGCAGUACUGAAUUAAUAAUUCGAGUGGGUAUAUGUAAUAUUUUUGACCCUGUUUGUGAACUUUUGACUCAAAGACUUUUUUUUCUAAUUAAAAUAUGUUGUCACUCAUUUAGUCCCAGAACUAAAAGAUAAAGAACACUAUAUCCUUUAAAGCCCAGUAUUUCCAUGAAAUUCUUGUCCAAGAUAAGUGUAUGUAAACUUCCCACCACAGCUGUACAUGCAUGCUACUUACAUCAAAGACACACAUCACUAUGAACAAACAUAACAACCAAACAUCUGAUACAUCCAGAACAUCAAUCCUUAAAAUAUUUUUCUAAUACAGAAAAAAGAACAUACAUACAGUACAUGUAUAAAAUAACAGUUCAUAUUUAAGACUACAGCUCCUUAAUUUAAUCAUGUUUACAACGAAAUCCCGCUGUUUGAUUCAGCAUCUCUCGAUGGAAUGGACUUGAAUAACAUUACUGUAGAAUAAUAUACUAAGUGGACUGUUUACCACUUUAAAUUAUUAUAUAAACGCACAGCUGCACACACAAACACACGCUUCAAAAAUAUAGUGUCAAAAUCCUCAUAUAGCACAUUACCAGUACUGUCAGAUUACUGUAUACCCCCAAUAUACAGUAUACUUCCAUUAAGCUCAUUUGCACAUUUCUCUGAUCCUAUACCAUCUGAGCGAUCUCUAGAAAGUAUUGGCUUCUAAACCCAUUGCUUAUCCAUUUACACAUAAUUUAGUUAUUUAAUUCUUUGAAAAGGAUCAAAUCAGUUCCAUCUCACAGACAGGCUGCAUCACUUACUGCUGUUCAACUGCUGUUCAUCAAUGAAAUCAGGACCAAAUGUCACAAUUUGCAUGUUUUAUUCUGGCUGCUUCAUCUUCACAGACUCGUCAUCUCUGAUAAUGAUUUCUAAAGCCUCGUCACAAAGUUGUGAGGUACAUCUGUGCUUAUUUCUCAUACAGCUGUAGCUGGUACUGUAUGGGAAAUUAUUCCAGGGCUGCUCAAUUCAAGGCCAAUCUUCAUGUUUUACAAUGUUAUAAACAUUUCAGGGACAAAAUUUUACUUAAAGUAGGUAGAUUCUUAAAAAUGUAGGUGCUUCAAUGGAUUGUUUGAUCGUAUAGUAUAGAAAAAAAAACACCACACUAAGUUUGUAAUAGAGAUGUGUAAGCUUAAUGGGUAAAAAUAAAUUACAAAAAAAAUGAAGGUUCUUUGGACAUUAAAUGGCCCUUUAUAAUCACACCACAUCUCUGUUACAAACAUGGUUCCUAAGGUUUUCUUCCCAUCCUGUCCUGGACUUUGUAAUCCUCAGUCACUUAAAUGAACUGUUCCCAUGACUUCCGGCGAGAACACAAUUUAGGACUGGAAACUGGAUUAAAGAUCCAUAUUUUAUCACCUGGUUUCUUUGGCAUCAGUUACAAAAACCCUUUGACACAUUUACAGCUGAUCACUUCAUGUUAUCAGUGUCUGGAUUGUAUCCUGAUAAGAUUUUCAUCACAUUUAUUUUCAGUUGUGGAAUACAUCUGUGCGAGAUGUUUACAUUGCUGUAACGUGGUUUAAAUGCCUCCCAGACCAACUGCUGCAGUGGUUUCUGUUUUUAUUAAGUCUUGGGUGUGUUUAUAUUAUGUGUAUGUGGCUUGGCCUUAUCCAGAUAUAAUCCUAAUACUGAUUAAGUGAUCAGGUGUAAACAGGGUCCAAAAAGCACCGUUGUUUUUAAAAGUGUACUGUUUGGCUUCUGAUCCAUCAGUUUAGUUAUUAUUAGUAGCUCCACAGAUUAGUAGUGAACAGGAUGCACGACAUACCAUUUAACACACUCACUCACUCAAACAUACAUAAGGUUCUGUGCUAUAAUGGAUUGUAAUCCUAGUGUGCUUCCUUCUCUGUGUCCCCUUUGGCAUGCAUGCUACUUGUCAGUGUACUAUGGAGUCCUAUACAGCCCUGUAUAGAAAAUUGCACUGAACUUUACUGCUCUAAGCUGGGCACUGGUAGGAGCUUGCUGGAGUUUUGCGCGUUUAGGGCUUUGAUUGGCUGUCUGAUGAAGGGACGCAGAGUUGCACAGUCUUCGCAUACUCUUUGCACUCUUACUGGUUGGAUGAGUAAAGAACAGAUGCCUUCUGGACUCUUAUCACCCUGAGAGGGGGGGGGGAAGGGAAAAAAAAACUACAUUUCCCAGAAUGCAACUCUACAGGAGAACAAAGGCUGAUAUUUUGUUUUCUUCUCUGGAUUUAAUAAGUUUGUUUGCUUGAGGUUUGGUUGAGUUCAUCUGUCAACCAGCCUGAUGUAUGCAAGUCUGAAUGGAUCACAAUAUCACAGUAUGUCACUAAAGUCGCAAGUGUAUACAAGGAAAAUGCUGCAUCACUGAUAAAAAUGUGGAAAAGACAGAAGAAGUAAUAGAAAGUCGCAAGCCGGAUUAGCUAGGCCUUGUCAGAUACAUGUAAAUACUGCUAAAACCACUCUUCAGGAUCAUAACUCAGUUGUUUCUUUAUUUUUAUACUGCAAUGUGUCUUUUAUUCUGUUCACUGGUGGACAUUUCAAAUCUGCAUUGUAUACAACAGACAGACAGAAAGACAGAUGACAGGACAGGGGUUAGUCUGUGUAAAUAUUAUAACAACUAAUUAAAAAAGAAAGCUCAGAAUAUGAUGGAUCCCUCAGAAUAAUGAAGUGAGGAGCUUGAGAGAAUGUGGUGCAGAUUAUUUAAGUACACAGGAUGUGACCUCAUGAAGAGCUCAGGCCAGUCAGAACUGAACUUCCCGUUUCGUCAUGGUGAUUGGUUUCCAUAGUUGAUGUGACCGGACAAACUCUGUGCCGAGCACAUGGUUCUUUCCGGGUGUUUUUGAGCUGAGCUGGAACGUGACGUAUUCCAAAGCAGAAGCGGCUGGGCUGUCUAAUGUAGAACCAGAGGAUUCCUCCACCACUCAUUGUUGUGAUGCUGUGCAUGAUUCACCGAGGAGUAAAAAAGACAACAGCGACCAGGACGGCUGCUUCUUCUCCUGGCUGUUUCUUCAGAAAACACCUCAAUUCACCUUUUGAUGAUUGUGUGCAAGCUAAUUUCAAUAAGAUCAAAAUGAGGUUUCUUGACUUGAAUGACUUUAUUUAUUAAUUAUUUAUGCAAUGUUGGGACAAUGUUUAUUUUUCUACAGAAUUGUGAGCACUCCCCCAGUAUAGAAUGGGACACAUGUCAUUUUGCUGAGCUUCUGAGGAAGGCAUGGAGACUGGGAACAGUGGAAGGUUUGAAUGUGAUUGUCUUGCACAUGUUCACAACAGUGUCUUUCUAAACACCUAGUAACACUGUAUAGUAGUGGUGUAACGGUACACAAAUGUCAGUUUGGUUUAAAUCAUGGUUUGAAAGUCAUUUCCUUUCAACAGUUUACAGUUUGUUGUUAAAACAGUCUGUGUUAAUUAAACAUUACAGUAUAAAUGUUAGCAUGUUUUUCCACACACACACAUAUACACAUAGCUACAGCUAUCCAACAACAUCGGCACAUCAUCCUUAUCUGAUACACCAUUAUUUGACCUGAUAUACUUGUUAAAAUGCCAGAAUGUUGCUGAAAUACUUGAAAAGGUUCUACUAAGGUUUACUAAGGUUCUAAGGUCUGGUUAGUUUUGGUUUCACACUGCAGUUUAGUGAGCAGACUAAAGAACUUUACUACAUCCUGUCGUCGGCAACUACGUGGGCUGCUUUUUUCUACACUUCAUAUAAAUUGGUUUGUAGAAUGUUAGUUAUGAGUUAGGCUUUAGGUUACUUUGCCAGGUGUUGUGAAGCAUUCUAGCUCUCUGUCAGAAUCCAACUUUCCUUCACCUUCAAACCACCCCCAGCAGAAUGUAAAGGAUUAUCCUUUUUAUUUUAUUUCUGUUUAUAAUAAAUUAAUUCCCAGUCUACGCGUUUGUGUCCAUACUGCUGCGUGAUGCGCCUUCAUGUUUAAAGACUGCCUCAACUUCCUGUAAAGGUCUCAAAGUCAGAACCGUCUAGAAAAAUGCUUUCACACUGCAGACAAACCAGAUCGUGGUUCGCAGCCCCUUCCACACCUGCUACUUUGAAUCAGGCCCAAACUGUCCAAAAGUCUGAAUGUCUGGACCAAACAAACCAAGAGUGGAAGCACCCAAAAAAUAAAUAAAAAACAUACUGAACAUGAGAAUAUGGGUGACUAUACAUGCAGCAGCAACAAGGACAAUAGAACAAACACCACCACAAUUACUGUAACACUACAAUUCCCACAAUACCAUGCAAAUCCAAUGGCUUGCAGCUUAGGGCCCAAAACAUACUUCACCCGAGCUCAUGAAUGCAAACAUUAAGAGACAUGCAGACUGAAUUGUGUGUAUGGUUAUGUUUAAAAUUGUGUCAUAAUGUGUGAAGUAUGUUUCAGGCCUAAGGUUUCCCAGUACCAUGUGCUCAUAUUGUGAAAUUACCAUAUUUACCCUGAUAGCAUGUACCGUGUAUUCUCCAUUCGAUUGCCUGCACCAGACCGUGACUCGCAUACCAUGAUGGCUUGGUCUGAACAUGCGUACCAUUACACCCCUACAUAACAGUGGUUUAUUUCAAGUAAUAAAUUCACGAAAAUUGACCUUAUAUGCUGGUCUUAAAAUAAUAAUACUGGUUUAGGUUUGUCCUGCAUUCACCAUUUAAGCUUUCAUUGUUGUCAUAGCUGGUAAUAAAGCUCUUCUGAAGAGCUCUAAACUUCCACUGUUUCUGCCCAGUCUUAGAGCCAGCGUGAAGGAAGCGCACAGUAAGAGAUAUGUGCUCAUUUAUUUAUUUAAGGUUUAUUUGGGGGAGGGGCUUGAAUUUUCAGCUUGUACAGUACUUAUUAUUUCUUGUUUUAGGCAGGUUCUGGUUGAAAUGACAUCACUCUGUGUGCAGUGGCUCUGGUUUACCGCUGGUUGAUCAGCUCGGUUGUUUUCUGUGUACUGCUAGUGAACAAAGACAGCAAGGACUCUUAGCCAUUCUCAAAACUGGCAAUUAUCAUAUUUUCACUGUCACACAAAAAAUCUUGUAUUUCUAUUGUUGUGGGGCUUUUCUAUAAAAUUGUUUGACAUAAUGUGAAUUAGGUAGUCGUUAUUUACACUGUGUUUCAUUUGACUUUGUGUCAAAAUUCCAUGCUCAACCAACAGAAAUGCUCCAAAAUGACUGCGAAUCAAAUCUUUCUUUUUUACAUUGAUUCGGUUUAAAUUUGACUGGCUGGUUUCCUGGGCAUAGAAUAAGCUUUACUAGCCUACAUGAAUGAAUAUUCAUGUAGAUAUUCAUUCAUAGGCUUAGCUAGCUGCCCCCUAAAUCUGAAUUCUCCAUUGACACGAAAACGUGGACCAGGUCUAGGCUCAAUUCCAGCCCUUAAAACCAGUCUGGAACCGUUUUUUUUUUUGUUUUUUUUCCCCAAGUUUUGUAAUGGUAAUAAUGUGUUCAGUUGGGCCUUAUUUUUACAUUUAUAUUACAGUUAAAACAUGAGACAUGAAAGUACAUAUCACAUCUGGCUGCAUCCUCUAGACAAAAGACUGAUUCUAUGCUUCUUUGUACAGAUACGAGCCUCUGUCUCACCAAUUCCAGUUCAUUCAAUUCAUUUAGUUCAGCCUGUAAAGCAUAAAAGCUAAAAGCUGAUGCUAUCAGUCAUCAGCCUGUCACAGAUCAGAGCAUGUAUUCUUUAUCCUGAGGAGUACAGAGUACAAGGAGUAAAACAUUUCAUACAUCCCAUCAAGAGCUAAUUAAACCAAUCUACCAAACACGACAGGCCACGUCCUGAUAAGCAGAAAAGUGAUGUCAUUUCUGGUUAGGUACCUUAUUGCUUUUAUGUAAGAUAAGAAUCAUGAAUGAAUAAAUUAAUAACGAGAAGCCAAAUGUAUUUCCUUGGAUAUUACUAUUAUUUGUGUUUACAGAUUGUUAAAUUGAUUUGAAAUCAUUUUUUGUAUGAUUAUUCAACUGCCAUCUUUCAAUACAAUACAAUACAAUGUUGGCAUGACUCUGUAAACCUUGUUGUUCUACCUUUCUCUCUUGCUUUUGUCUCUCUUUCUCUCGCUCACCCACCCUCUCUCCUCUCCGUCCAUUUCUCAGCCGCUGUCUCUCUAACCCUGUGUCGUCUCCUUUUGAUGGAAGAAUCGCAACAAAAAGUCAUUAUCAUCCAUAAAUUUGUUACAAAAACGAUGUAAAGGUUCAGACAUUUGUAAAGAUGUGAUCCAAAUAUGUGCUCUGUAGACAGAAGCGGAUACACAUUUGGGAAUGGACUGAUUUCAACAACCGUAAGUGGGAAUUUGAUCUGUGAUGCCUAUAUCUAUGCAUGCUUGUCUGAAGGGUCUAAUGACAUGGUUCUUCCAAUGUGCUUUCACCUCUCUCUCUCCCUCUUUUUCUCUCACUCUCUCCCUCUUCUUUUUCCUGCACGAGAACAAAACCCUUUCCUAACCAUAGACAAAUACCUUCUUCUGUCCUACACCCCUGCCCAGAUGACAAUAAUGAAGAACAAACAAAUAAACAAAGAAGAAAUAA